GGUGCGCUCCUCUUCUGUAAAGUGCGCACACUUUGCUGCGCCGCUCUCGGUGAUCAGGAGGCGCCGCGGGAGCAGAGGGAGAAGGAAGAAUAAAAAAAGAAAAAAAAAAAAAAAGCUGGGACGCACAUGGCUCGAUGACAUGAUGGUCCGACCCUCUUCCCUUCCCCCCUCCAUCUCUCUCAUUCCUGUUCUCCUCCGACUCCUCCUCCUCCCUCCGUCUCUCAUCUCCUCUUCCUUCUCCAACGCCCCACUGAGCUGGACCUCGCCUCACGAGCCCUGCUACCACCCAGAUGGCCGUCCUCGACACUGCCUGUCGGAGUUCAUCAAUGCCGCUUACGGGGUCCAAGUCAACGUCACCCACUCCCUACACGGGCCCGAUAACAACCCCAACAUCACCACCCUAACGGACCUGCACAACCCAAACAACCUGACCUGCUGGAGGGCUCGCACAGGAGGCGACUCCGGCGACUGGGUCUUCACCUUACCGCUGGGCCGCCGCUUUGAGAUCACCUACAUCAGCUUGCAGUUCUGCAGCCAAGGGCAGCCAUCUGACCCCAUAUCCAUCUCCAUCCUUAAAUCCAUGGACCACGGGCGUACCUGGCGGCCGAUGCAGCACUACUCCAGCAACUGUCUGGAGGACUUCAAACAACCCUCAUUGACCAUCGCCCAAACGAGACACCAAGAGACAGAGCCGCUCUGUUCGGACCCCCGGCCCCUGCAGAGGCAGCGGGGCAGCACAGUCCUCGCCUUCUCCACUCUGGAUGGUCGCCCGUCUUCUCCUGAUUUUGAUUACAGCCCCACCCUCCAGGACUGGGUCACGGCCACGGACAUCCGGGUUGUCUUCCACAGAACUUCCAACAACGUAAAGGCUACAGAUAAAAUGGAAGAAAUCCAGUGGCGUGACGGCCUCCCUGACUCCAAACGAACUGGGAUUCUGAAGUGGAAAUUGGAUACAAAGAGCGACACUGGAGAUCAGGUGGACAAAUUAAGAGACAAUGCACUGGCCUUUUUUGACAAGGACAAAAGAAAAAACUCAGAGAUUAGUAGGAGGAAUAAGGAGGAACGGAUAGACAAGCAGCGUCAGAAGGACCAUCGCAAAGGUUCUGGUCAUGGCCAAGAUGGCCACAAUGUGACCAGCAAGGAAGGAGAAGACACUUUUGGCACCACCGACUUACUCGCUUCGCCAAAGAAAGGUGGCAAAGCCAGAAAGCGAAAUCGCAACAAGGAAAACAACUUUUGGGUCCCUUGCUCAAACGGAGACUGCCCUUGGACGGUCGAAGGGCGGAGCAGGAAGAAUGGUGGCCGGGAACUGAGGAAGAGGAGGAACAACAACCCCAACACAAAACAAAACUUACGGACUUCCCAGCCCUCUGGCUUGAUCCUCCCUGUCCGAGCCCCUCUGGCCAUUUCCGACCUGCAAGUCGGAGGGAGAUGCAAAUGCAACGGACACGCUUCCAGGUGUCGCCGUGACGACUCAGGUCAGGCAGUGUGUGUGUGCGAGCAUCACACGGCGGGCCCAGACUGUGACAUGUGUGAGGACUUCUAUGUUGAUAGACCGUGGCAUCGCGCUACACCCACUCACCCAAACCCCUGCGUUGCCUGUGAGUGUAAUGGCCACUCAAACAAAUGCCGCUUCAGCAUGGAGGUGUUCCAGCAGUCGGGCAGGAAGAGCGGAGGCGUGUGCCUGAAAUGUCGCCACCACACGGCCGGGCGCCACUGCCAGUACUGCCAGAGCGGCUACACCCGCGACACCAGCAAGCCGCUCGACCACCGCAAGGCCUGCCAACCAUGCCAGUGCCAUCCUCUGGGAGCUGUGGGCCGCUGGUGCAACCAAACGUCGGGUCAGUGUCUGUGUCGAGAAGGAGUGACCGGCCUCAGGUGUAACCGCUGCGCUCCGGGAUACAAGCAGGGCAAGUCCCCGCUGCGACCCUGCAUACGCAUUCAGGAGGUCGCUCCAACCCCUGUGUACCAACCUCAGUACAGCAUCGCGGAGGAGUGUGUGUCCUACUGCCAGCCCUCUGAGGUCAAAGUCAGGAUGAACCUGGAGACGUAUUGUCUCAAGGACUAUGUGCUGAAGGUGCAGGUGAGAGGGAUGGAGCGUUCAGGACCGUGGUGGCAGUUCUCCAUCGCUGUACAAACCGUCUUCCGGACAGGCUCUAACUCCCGUGUCCGGAGGGGCUCCCAGUCCCUCUGGGUUCCCGACCGCGACCUCAGCUGCGGCUGCCCCGCCCUCCACGUGGGCCGGACAUUCCUCCUCAUCGGCGCAGAGGAAGGGGAGCGGAGUUGGGCUCCGGAAGAGAGUCGCCUGGUGGCGGAUCGCUCCACACUGGCCCUCCAGUGGCGGGAACACUGGAGCCCCAAGCUCAGGGGCUUCCGGGGGCAGGACAAGAGGGGCCGCUGCCCCCAGAAAUCCCCAAGCGCCCACCGCCCCCGUAGCAGGGAGCACGCAAAGACACAUUCUGCAUACAUCCCCCCUCACCUGCUGACCGAGAAGGAUGCCAGCCCUCAUUUUGACAAAACUGUGAACUUGGAUGAGGCUCAGAGCAGCACAGAGCGACACAUCGCCCCCACAGAGACAGGACCCUCUCCUUCCACCAUCGCUCUGGUGUGUUCGACUCAAAAUCCUGAGUAAAAUAAAAAAAAUUACAAGUACAAAAAAAAUAUUUGAAGACAGGUGUUCUUGUCAUGUUGAAGGUUUUAGUAGAGAGUUUGGACUAGUUUGUCCAUUUUGAGGAAAAAUCCAUCUUCACACAUGAAAAACAUCUGGAUUAGCUUUUAGCUGCUGCUGCGUACAUUUACAGGAGAAAGCGUCGUGCUCUUAUCCUGCAGAAAAUUAAUUUGAAAAUUUAAUUGAUGACAAAAGUAUCCCACCAGCAAGAAUGGUGCUGUAAAAAUAUUUGAUUUUUUUUAACCCAUUAAGAAAAUAAACACUGAAAAGUUAUGCUGUAUAUUUUCUUGUAUUUUCACUGUUUGUAAUCAGAAUGUUUUAUUUAUUUCCAUUAGAGAAAAACUUAGGAGAAUUUUUUCAUGGGGGAUCACAGUGUUUCUAUUUAGAAGACUUUACUCAAACAGGCUGAAAAAUAAUCUGGGUCAAACUGUUUGCAAUAUGACAUAAUGCUUUUUUUUAUAUUGUAAAAAAAAUUCUUAAAAUUUUGUUU